AUGGCGAGGAUGCUAGGGAUUUUGAUCAGUGCUAUUUUGAUUUGGAUUGCAAGUGUUAAUGCGGAUCCAACUGUCUCACCUACUCAAGGCUUUACCGAAGUGGUGUUAAAUGCGACAAAUUUUAUGAUACAAAAGCCAUAUGACAAGGAGGAAUACGAGCGGUACAGCUUCAUUGAUGGCGUCCAUUCCAUGUGGGUAUACAAAGAUGACAAACCCCACACUCCUGAGAGCAAGACUAGGCCCAGGACAGAAAUCCGCAUCGAGGGAUAUGACUAUACAGAGGGAGUGUGGCAAUUCGAGGGUGAGGUGUAUGUACCACAUGGAACAUCGGGUGUAUGCGUGAUGCAGGUUUUCGGCGGUGUUCAACACGCCACGUCGUUCAUGCUGCUUGCUUCCAACGGAGUGCUAAUGCGUUACAAUGACCAAGUGGUGGCGUCUGAAAUUUAUGAUCGGUGGAUUCAUCUCAACAUUAUCCACAAUGCAGAUGAAGGGAAAGUGUCCGUGUUUGUGGACGGGAAUGAGAAGGUAUUGGCUGAUGACAGAGGUCGUGCCAACCAUUAUUUUAAGUGUGGAGCUUACGCUGGUGUUAACGCUUCAUCUUGCAUGGAAUCUCGCUGGAGAAAUAUCAAACUGUGGACCAAAUGA